AUGAAUCGCGGCGUCCUCCUGCUCGCAGAGCCGGAGCCUCCCGGGACGUACGCAAGGCUCAGAGCUAAGGCAUUCGCGGAAAAUGCGCAUCUCAGAGAGCUGUCGCCAUCCGACGAUGAUGACGAUGACGACGACGAGGAGGAGGAGAAGGAGAAGCUUGAGCCUGCGCCAGAGGCCCCGAAUCAUGAGUCAAAACACUUUCCGGGUAGCAAGCAUCGCGAGAUCCAAGAAGAGGAUUGGAGUGUCCCCUUCGAGACUCUUGGUCCGGCAGACUUCGCGAGACGCGCCGCAAAUGAAGUGAAGCUGGCCCGUGAAAUGUCUGCUUGGGGAGAGGCAGAAUACGAGCGAGGCAAACAGGAACGUGCCAAUGCGUCAAGACUUGCUUCCCAGCAAGGUAUCAGCGAAGCUCUUCCGCAGCCGGACCCUUCUACGCCGUUUCAUCGACAGGCUCCGCUCCGCGCUCGCUUGGCUGCACAAGCAAACAUAACGAAGCAUGUGAACAGCAAGAAGCAGAAAGCACUGGAGAAAAGCAAGCUCGGAAGAAAGAAUGCGGCCAUUGCUGAUAGUCAUGAGACACCGGCGACUACGGAGGCACCACCAGUGAAGGAAACUCCGAUUGUUGAGGAGUCUUCGGAUGAAGAGUGCGAGGCACCUGCGAAGCCCGAAGCAGAGAAGAAGGACUGGGAGAAUGUCGUCGGAUGA